AUGCCUUUCCACUUGGUGUAUGGGGGCGAGGCAGUCGUUCCCGUCGCAGUCGAAAUAGAAUCUGACAGGGUGCAGCAGUACGACGCGGACAACGUCGAGCGAAGACAACUGGAGCUUGAUUUGGUGGAUGAGACGCGCGCCAAGGCGGCCGCUCAGCUGACAGCCAAUUGGCAAAGAAUGAGGCAAAGCUACAACCGGCAAGUGAUUCCCCAAUCCUUUCAGGUCGGUGACCUAGUAUGGAAGAAGGUGAAGCCGGUCGGCGACGUCGGUAAGUUGGAGGCUCCGUGGGCUAGACCGUUCAGGAUCGUGGAGAAGCUCCAGUUGGGAGCUUACUAUUUAGAAGAAGACGGACGACGACUAGAACGUCCAUGGAGUGUGAACCAUCUCUAG